AUGACACUAUCUGAAGUCCUGCAGGAUAAACCACAAUUGCUGAAAGAGGCGUUUUCCCGCUGUACCACAGCUGAACAGGAUGAAGGGAGCAAAAAGGAUGGGUUCUGUAGACAUGGUGGAAUCCCACUCUCCACCAAGCUGUGCUAUGCAGUCGGGGGUGUUCCAUACCAGGCCGCCAGCGCCGCUAUGGCUUUCUCCUUCCAGAUCUUUCUGCUAGAUGUGGUGCAGAUGGAGGCGUUUUUCGUCUCUCUGAUCCUGUUCAUAAGUCGGGUGUGGGAUGCUAUCACUGACCCACUCGUGGGGUACCUGGUGAGCAAGAGCAAGUGGACCCCUGUGGGCAAGCUCCAACCUUGGUCAGUCCUGUCCAUGCCCCUGGUGGUGCUCUCCUACAUCCUUCUCUGGUUCGUGCCUCGCACUGCACAGAGCUCCUCCGUUAGUGUGCCCUGGUACCUCACCAUCAGCUGCCUGUUCCAGACCUUCCUGAGUUGCUACCAUGUCCCCUAUACGGCUCUUAACAUGUUCCUGGGAGGAAGCGAGAGAGACAGAGAUUCAGCUACAGCCUGCAGGAUGAGUGCGGAGGUGUUGGCGAUGCUGUUCGCUGCUGUGGCACAGGGGCAGGUGUUGAGAGUGUACAAUGUGGAGAGAGAGCACUCCUGCCCAGGCCUGCAUAGACAGGCAUUCAUGACCUCAGCUCUGGUUUUGGGGGCUGGCUUCUUUCUGUGCUGCAUGAUACUCUUUCUGGGUGUGAAAGAGCAGAAGGCAGGCACCCGGCCAGUGGGGCGUGGCUCAUAUCUGACUGAUCUAAAGAUGCUGAUUACCCAUGUCUCAUAUCAGCGCCUGGUCCUCGGCUUCCUCUUCUCCUCUCUCGCUUUCCAGAUGUCUUUAGGGAACUUUGCUUUGUUCUGCAUCCAUGUCGCAGGAUUGGGGUCUCAGCUCCAGUACCUCAUUUUGGCUAUAUUGGUAGCUGCUGCAGUCUCAGUGCCUGUGUGGCAAAUGAGCCUGGUGAGGCUGGGGAAGAAGAGAACGCUUUUUAUUGGCCUACCACUCAUUGUCCCUGCUCUGAUAGUCUUAGUCUCUGUGUCAGACAACUUCCCAGUGUACCUGAUCAUGUGUGUUCUGGUUGGGGCCAGUGUAGCUACACUAUUCCUGUUACCAUGGUCCAUGCUGCCAGAUGUGGUGGAUGAGUUUGCGAUUCAGAACCCCUGUCACAGGGAUCUGGAACCUCUGUUUUUCUCUUGCUCCUGCUUCUGCAACAAGCUCGGAGGAGGGCUGUCUGCCGGCAUCUCAACCAUGACACUUCACCUGACAGGUUAUAAAAUAGGAGCCUGUGGCCACAGUGAAGGCGUGGUCCUGGCCUUGCACAUGCUUCUAGCCCUCAUACCAAUUGUUCUAUUGCUGGUGGGUCUGAUCUUCUUCUACCUGUACCCCAUUGAUGAAACACGUCGGCAACAGAUCCAACAAGAACUGCGACAAACAAGAUCCCGGACUGAAAUGGUCCUGAGUACCGAAGAGGAUACAGGGUCACAGCAGAGAAACCAGCAACAAUGUCCCAACAAGGGUGUCUUCCUGUCAAAGACCAGCAGGAUGUCUUCUGUAAAGGCAAAAAAGUCCUCCAACUUGAAUUCUCUGACUUCUCUUCAGACAUACUGUGAUGCAACCACAGACCCCUUCAGUCCUAAGUCUAGUAGGCCAGAAUGCACCUUGAAGCCAGAGUUUUAUAAACACAGAAUUAGCUCCAAAAGCAGCAGACCUUCAUCUCAACUUAGUCGUCAGCCAUCAUGGAACUAUUAUGAGACACAUGCUCAAAGGGCUAAAGUUACAUGGGUGUAA